UGCGGCGCGUGGGCGGGGCGUCGUUGUCGUCGGCUGUGGCUGGGCGGCUGAGGCGGCUGAGGUGGCUGAGGUGUCCGCUGAGGCUGAGGCGGCGGGCGCGGCCGUGAUGGCGAAGAGCCCUGGAGAGAACGGGCCGCGCUCGCCCGCGGCUGGGGGAACCCUGUCGGGGACCCGGGAGAGCCUGGCCCCGGGCCCGGACGCGGCAGCCACCGACGAGCUCAGCUCUCUCGGCUCAGACUCAGAGGCCAACGGCUUUGCUGAGCGCCGCAUCGACAAGUUCGGCUUCAUCGUGGGCUCGCAGGGUGCCGAGGGCGCGCUGGAGGAAGUCCCCCUGGAGGUGCUGAGGCAGAGAGAGUCCAAGUGGCUGGACAUGCUCAACAACUGGGACAAGUGGAUGGCCAAGAAGCACAAAAAGAUCCGUCUGCGGUGCCAGAAGGGCAUCCCACCUUCUCUGCGGGGCCGUGCUUGGCAGUACCUGUCAGGAGGCAAGGUGAAGCUACAGCAGAACCCUGGAAAGUUUGACGAGCUGGAUAUGUCCCCUGGGGACCCCAAGUGGCUGGAUGUGAUUGAGCGUGACCUGCACCGACAGUUCCCUUUCCAUGAGAUGUUUGUGUCCCGGGGAGGACAUGGUCAGCAGGACCUAUUCCGUGUGCUGAAGGCCUACACGCUGUACCGACCUGAGGAGGGCUACUGCCAGGCCCAGGCACCCAUUGCCGCUGUUCUGCUCAUGCACAUGCCUGCUGAGCAAGCAUUCUGGUGCCUAGUGCAGAUCUGUGAGAAGUACCUGCCCGGCUACUACAGUGAGAAACUGGAGGCAAUCCAGCUGGAUGGGGAGAUCCUCUUCUCUCUGCUACAGAAGGUAUCGCCUGUGGCCUACAAGCACCUGAGCCGGCAGAAGAUCGACCCACUGCUCUACAUGACAGAGUGGUUCAUGUGUGCCUUUGCCCGUACCCUGCCCUGGAGCUCCGUGCUGCGUGUCUGGGACAUGUUCUUCUGUGAAGGAGUGAAGAUCAUCUUCCGGGUAGGGUUGGUGCUGCUGAAGCAUGCCCUGGGCUCCCCAGAGAAGCUCAAGGCCUGCCAGGGCCAGUAUGAGACUAUUGAGCGGCUGCGAAGCCUCAGCCCCAAGAUCAUGCAGGAGGCGUUUCUGGUCCAGGAGGUGAUAGAGUUGCCAGUAACAGAGCGCCAGAUUGAGCGUGAGCACCUCAUCCAGCUACGGCGCUGGCAGGAGACCCGGGGUGAACUGCAGUGCUGCUCCCCGCCCAGACUGCAUGGUGCCAAGGCCAUCCUAGAGGCAGAGCCAGGCCCCUGGCCCACCCUGCAACCUUCACCAUCCAUCCGCCUGCCCCCAAAUGCCCCGCUCCCUGGCUCCAAAGGCAAGCCCAAGCUACCCAAACAGAUUCAGAAGGAGCAGCAGAAGCAGAAGACGAGUGGGCAGCUGGAAAAGACCCCAACGCCAGAUCAAGCCAAGGGGGCAAUCGCUGGGGGAGAUGCAUGUCCCCCACAGGAUGUGCCCCCAAAGGACCCUGUCCACCAGGACCCAGCCCUUCAGGACUCAGCUCCCCAGGUUUCAACCCACCAUUGCUCCCAGGAGAGCCUGACAUCCCAAGAGAGUGAGGACACCUACUUGUAACCCUGGCGUCUCAGGCCUCCAGGGCGGGGUCUCCACACACUUAUAUGGUUCACGGACUGACACUCUAGGGCCUGCCCCACCCUCUGAGGGCCCGGCUGCCUGGCCACUGGGUACAGAGAGCCUGGCUGGCCCAGUACAGAUUCUGCCUGAGCCUCCUUAUUUAUUUUCUCCAGGGUGGAGCUCAGUCCAGCCCAGCUGGGGCAGGCAGAAGUGAGGGCCUCACUCAGGCCCCUCUUUCUGGAGGAAUGCUCCCCAGGGCUAGGGCACUGACAUGAGGGGAGGGGGGGUGCUCUUUGUGUAAAAUAGAAACAUGGUUUUGUACAGAAAUAAACAGGUUUGUAUAGAGA